UAAGUAUAAAUUUGAUUUCUAUCUCAUGCAGGUGCUGCUCUGCAGAUGACGGGACCUUCUACAUAUGAAGCCAGAGUUGGAUCCAUUGCCCACAUUCCCUGCACCUUCAAAGCGGAUAAACUUCCUCCAGAUCCCAAAUAUUUUGCAGUUGUUUGGCAUUUAGAGGAAAAAUAUAUCUUAAGCUAUGAUGACACUGUGACAACUGAUCCCAGAUAUUCAUUGGAUAAAGAUCAAGCACUGAAUGGAAUCGCUCAUCUGACCAUCUCUAAUACAUUCGUAUCAGACGGUGGAACCUACACAUGUUCAGUGACCGAUAGCCCUGUGCGACGGGAGAAAGAGAUCAAAGUGAAAAUUUCGGUUGCUGGUCUGCAGAUGACGGGACCUUCUACAUAUGAAGCCAGAGUUGGAUCCAUUGCCCACAUUCCCUGCACCUUCACAGCAGAUAAACUUCCUGCAGAUCCCAAAUAUUUUACAGUUUUUUGGUAUUUAAAAGGAAAACAUAUCAUAACCUAUGAUAAGACUGUGACAUCAACUGAUCCCCGAUAUUCAUUGGAUAAAGAUCGAGCAUUGAAUGGAAAUGCUUCUCUGACCAUCUCUAAUCCAUCUGUAUCAGACGGCGGACUCUACACAUGUUCUGUCAACUACAGUUCUUUCCCAAUGGAGAGAGAGAUCAGCAUGAGCGUUUCAGCCCGACCUCUACUCUCCAUACUCAGCAAGAGUGUCCAGAGAAAUAGAGAGAACACCCUGACCUGUAUGGCCAAUGGAUUCUUCCCUAAUGAUAUCGAUGUUACGUGGUGUAAAGAUGGAGAAGUCCUGAAGAAUCAGUUCAUGGGAAAAUCGCUCAAAUAUAACAAUGGAACGUACCAAGUAAAUAGCACUGUGACAAUCACACCGAGCGAUGAUGACCAGAACAGAACGUUCUCCUGCAGAAUCCAACAUGUUUCCCUACAAGAACCUCUACAGAAGGACUUCCAGCUCUCCUAUGAAGAGUCCUCAUCUCAUGUGGUGAUUAUUAUCGGUAUUGUCAUAGCAGUUGUGUUGAUAAUUGGGAUAAUUGCAGCUGUCAUUUUGUGUAGACGAAAACAAAAGAGAAAAGCUUCUGAUAGAUCACCACCCGACGGCAAAGAUACGAGAAGAAGUGUCACUUUCUUGGAGCAGAUAAGUGGACAACAAGUCAAUGACAACAAGCAGUCAAUUAAAGAUAGGGAGGAAAACCAGGGACUAUUAAACAUAAAGAAAGAGGAUGAGAAAAAUUCAUCUAACAUAGCAACAUAUCCAAAACUUACUCCAAACAAACCACACCGGUCUGUGCAGAAAACUGGAAGCAAAAGUCCUGGAUCUUCUGAAGAACCCCUUUCAGAAAUACAUUUACAAUCACCUGGCCAACAUUCAACUAGUUUUGGUGUCUAUUCACCACCAUCAACUGUUAAACAGAAACCAGAACUGAAAGAAGGGGAAAAAAAAUGUGUAACUUUGCCUCCAGUAAGCAGUCCUCAAAAAGAUAAUCCUGAAACAGCAGAGAAUAGGCAGAUGCCUGAUCCAGAGGUUGGAGAGAUAACAGUACCAGAACUGAUAGCCGGACAAAAUGCAAAACUGUCAUGUAGACUUUGUAAUUAUAUUCAUGGUAAGCACAACGUUUCAUGGCAUGUAAAAGUGAAAUCUACUGGUAAUGUCCUUGCUGCAAGUUAUGAUGGAAAGAAGCACCCAAGUAUAGAAAACGUUGAGGCAUCUAAAGACCCGAACACACGCAUAGCUUACCUGGCUUUACUGCCUGUGGAGAAGUAUGAUGAUGGAUCAGAAUUCAUCUUGAAAGUGGACCUUCCAGACUCAGAUCGUGUGAUAGAGAGAAUUACACGACCCGUACGUGUGAAAGAAAGGAACCAGAUUCAAGGUAAAAUGAAGGACCAAUGUACAGAAUCUCCUACAACAGAUAUUUUAGCAGAAAUCAACGAGCCUCAAUCAUCUGACCAACAACAAACAUACAAACCAGAAAAUGAAACCUUAAAAGAAAGUUAUGAAGAGCAACCAAAAUCUCCUGUGAAAGUGGAGAAGAAAGACAACACUGAUGCUGUCUUAGCAUUGGUUAGUUCUUCCUCCAAACUGGAGCUAGACGAUCAGGUAAAAUUCACUAAUCUUGAUAACAUGGAGGAAAAAAAACCUAAACAAAAUCCUCCCCAUCCCCCAUACACUGAAGAGAAUAUAGGAGACUCAUCUUUAAUGGGAAAAGACCAUAAAGUAGAUGAAAGUCUAGGAAGUCAAACACCCAACCAAGAAGAAAUGAUUGACUCCAGCUUACCAAUAGACAUUUCUUCCCCUAAAUUGGAGGGAGGUGAUACAGAGGAACUCACUUUUCUUGAUAACACGGAUGUUAAGGACCUGACACAAAAUUCCGCCCUUCCUCCUAUGUAGAAGAAGAUCUAGUAGAAUUGUCAAUGAAGAAGAUGGACGAUAAUGAAGAUCAAAGCAUAGGAAGUAAAACAUCUGACCAAGAAGAACUCCUUGACACCAUCUUACCAAUAGACAUUUCCUCCACUAAAAUGGGGGGGAUGUGAAAAAGGAAUUCACCAUUCUCGAUAACAUGGAUGUAAAAGAGAUAAAGGGUGAAAACUCUGCGCCAAGUGAAUGGAAUGGACUUUGAUUUAUUACCAUAAUAUUUUUUUGUGCUUAAGAUUGGGACUGAAUAUUAUUUGCACUAAUUGAUAUUUCACAAUAUUUUUUAAUCA